AUGGAAAGUAAAAAUAAUGUUCUACAAGUAGAAUCUGUAGGAGUUAAAUUACAAAAAAAUGAAAAUUCAAAACAGACCUAUACUUCAAAGUUGAAAAAUAUUCAGAAGAAGUUCAACAAGAAUAAUAAAGAUGGUUCAUCCAGUACCUUAAUAAAUAACCUACACAAUAACAAUGUCAAAUGUAAAAAUAAAAAACAUAAUAAAGAGCAAAUAGAUAUAACACCAUAUCAAGAUCAAAAAAAAAAGACAAACCAACUUCUCAAUAUGUCCCAUAUAGAUAUAAAAAAAAAAAUGCAACAAAAUGAACAAAAGAAUGAACAAAAGAAUGAACAAAAGAAUGAACGAAAAAAGAAGUAUCCUAAUAAUAAUAAAAAUAAAGAAAAUAAAAUUAUAAAAAUAAAAAGUGAUGAUAAUUAUCUUAACCAACUUGUAAAAAAAGAAGAUACCUAUACACAAUGUGUAGAACAGAAAAGCGUCCAAAAUAAUAAUAUGAAUACACAUCAUAAUAAUAAUAAUGUUCCUAAUAUAUUAUACAAUAAUCAAGAAUAUCAUACGAAUACAAACCAAAUAAGAGAUACAGCUGAUCAUGAUAUAUAUAACACACAUAUUAUAGAACACUACAAAAAAAUCACAAAACAAGAACUUGAAGAAAAAAAAAAGAAAAAAAUACAAGAAAUAAAAGCAAAGCUCAUUAAAAAAACAACAACUAAAAAUGCAUAUACUCAGGUUGUUCUUGAUGAUUUCACAAAAUUUUACGA